GAAGCCUUUUCUUCAAUGCUUUACCUCAUUACGAUGCUUGGAGCCUGCUAACUUGUUGUUUCAUCGUUUAGGUCUUGGAAUUUGAAGGCGCAACACUAUAUUCCUUAAACGACUUCGUUUCCCACGACAACUUGAACAGAAAUGGCCCAGCGUGUUGGGGCGGGUGAACCCGCUGCCGGGCCGAAACGGACUUCACGGGUGCGUGUGGCUGUUCGGCUGCGGCCCUACAUGGACAAGCAGGACGAUAAGGGCGAGGGCCCUUGUGUGCGGGGGUUGGAUUCCCACAGGCUGGAGAUCGUCAACUGGAGGAAUGCCACCGAGACGCUCCACUAUGACUUCGACAUGUUCCACGACGAGAAGAGCACCCAGAAGGAGGUGUUUGUGGAGUCGGUGAAACCCGUCCUGCCUCAUAUCCUCAAUGGGCAGAAUGCCAGUGUGUUUGCAUACGGACCCACCGGAGCUGGUAAGACUCACACCAUGCUGGGCAGUCAGGAGCAGCCAGGUAUGAUCCCCAGGGCCGUGCGUGAGGUCUUCCACCUGGUCAGGGCCCAGGAGGCGAAGGAGGAUGGCUGGGAGUACGCCAUCAGCAUGUCCUACCUGGAGAUUUACAACGAGAAGGUGCUGGACCUGUUGUGUCCGAGCACCCAGGACCUGCCCAUCCGGGAGGAUAAGGACCACAACAUCCUCAUCCCCGGCCUCACCACCACGCCGCUCGCCUCCUUCUCUGAGUUCGACACGCAGUUCAUCCCAGCCAGUCUCAACCGCACCACCGCCUCCACCAAACUCAACCAGCGCUCCAGCCGCAGCCACGCCAUCCUCCUCAUCAAGGUGGUCCGAACCCGCCGUGUGCAUCCCCACCGGCAGCAGACGGGCAAACUCUACCUGGUGGACCUGGCGGGUUCCGAGGACAACCGGCGCACGGGCAAUCAGGGCAUCCGCCUGAAGGAGAGCGGCGCCAUCAACCUGUCGCUCUUCACCCUCAGCAAGGUGGUGGACGCGCUGAACGGGGCGGCGGGCGGCCGGGUGCCCUACCGGGACAGCAAGCUGACGCGCCUGCUGCAGGACUCGCUCGGCGGCUCCGCGCACUCCGUCAUGAUCACCAACGUGGCGCCCGAGUACAGCUACUACUUCGACACCUUCACCGCGCUCAACUUCGCCGCCAAGUCCAAGCAGAUCGUCAACCGCCCGUUUGUCCGCGAGACGCUCCUUCAGCCCUCUAUAGCAGUAAGUAAGAGGCCCAGGGAUCAGGGGUCCAGCAGCUCCAGUGAGCCCCAGAGAAAGAGGACCAGAGAGGGGAAGGAGAGCAAGACCGAUCCGGACAGAGUGCCCAGCUCCAGCACCAGCUGCAGCACACAGCCACAGAGCCCUUCGGAUGGCACCGUGCUGGACCGUCUGCUGGCGCUGGAGAAGAUGCUUAUGGGCACGCCAGAGAAAGAGAGGCUACACCUGCUGAAGACCGUCGCCCAGUCUCGCAAAGAGAUCGAGGAGCUGAAGGCCAAACAGAAGGAGCUGGAGACUAAAGCCAAGCAGGGGGGCAGUGCUCUCAGGGAAGACUCCCUCUUCAAGACCAAUGUGCUCCCCCUCCACAGAAAGCCCUCCUGUGCCCGGCCCAAGAAACAGCAAGCAGUCGUAUCGCCGCUACAAGUGUCACAGGUGCAUAUCCAACAGGGUGCAUUGGUGUGUAAAUCAUACAUCGCUCCUGACAAGAAGAAAAAGGAGCAGAGUGAGAUCUCGGAGGGGAAGGAGAACGGCGGCGUGGACGUGCACACGGACUGGGAGUCUCACAUGGACGCGUCCCUGAUGGAGAAGUCUCGGGAGAAGAUCCUCUCCACGCUCAACGGCGGCUCGCUCAAGGAGCUCAAGGGCCUGCAGCUCAUCGGAGACAAGAAGGCCAAACUCAUCAUGGGCUGGCGGGAGAUCCACGGCGCCUUCACGCAGGUGGAGGACCUUAAAAAGCUUGAGGGGAUCACGGCCAAGAGGUUUUCCUCCUUUUUCAAGGCCAAUAUCCUCAGCUCCAUCGGAAAGUGACCACGUCUGCAGAAUGUAUGUGUGUGUGUGUGUGUGUGUGUGUGUGUGUGCGUGUAUAUAUGUGUGCGCAUGGGUGCUUGUGUAUCUGUGACCCUGAUGGACAUCCCAGUUGCUCAAUGUUUUUUAUGCCUUUUUUAUAAUUUUUUUUAAAUUUAAUUUGGAAAAUCUUUCAAAUUCUGUACAGUUUUAUUAGUUAUUUUUAACAGUUUUAUUAAACAUGACCUAUGUCUUGUAGGACCUGUUUGCUCUGUGUCUUUGUUUUCAGUCUGUUAUAAUUCUUAUGACCGAGCAGGUGUGACAACAACGUGACUGCAACAUUAAAUCAUUGUCCACACUCUACGCAAAAAUGUUGCAAAAUAAAACCCCUCAACCAA